CCAAGAAGCCAAGGCUGUGCGUGUUUCUUCCGAGGUCCUGGCAGCACCAUCCGGCUGGAGGUAGUCAGCCGACAUUUCUGAAUAAACGGAGUUCUUGGGUGUUUUUGUUUUGAUAUUUUAGUGUAUUUACCUUUAUUGGAUUGAUGUCUGUGCUGCCUGAGGAGAUAAAGUGCGGAGCACGCUGAACAUACUGGAUUCGAUGGGGAAAAUAAGUUGACUAUAAACUAGGUUACCCUUGGAAUAAUUUGUUUUCCUCGUUCCAGGAAGGAGAUAGCUAAUUAUAUCAAAAUGAUGUGGAUUUCUGCAAAACAGCAGCACGCAAGUAAAAGACGUUGUUGACGGCAUUAAAAGGCAAAUCACACACCUCGGUUUGCUCGGGUCUACAUUAACUAGCCUACACGUUCUUGGAGAUUAUUAGCCUGCUCGCCAUAUAGGCUAUUAUCGGAAAAGAAGUCAAUGCGGUAAAAUUUGAAGUCUUGCAUGGCUACUUUUAACGCCUGAAACAAGUGGCAGACCAGCAGGAAUAGCGUGACCGAAAGCCUUCUAACUUCUGCAAACUGAAUGCAGCACAGGCGGUGGGAACAACAGCGGUGCUGGACCAGACAAUAUGGCAAACUUGAGAUUUAAAAGAUGAAUGUGCUAGUUCCCAUGUGAUUUUUGAUCGUUUUCCCUUUUCAUUUAAAGGAGGGAAAAUUGAUCGAGUUCCGUCAGUGGGAAGGGGCGAGCCACUUCCAACAUGAGGGAGAUCUAGGGCCGCGGAUAAUUUAUUUAUUGUGGGGGGUGCGGGUUUUUCUGUCGCAUUUUUCAUUUAAUCAUUUUAACAGGUGCACUACAUUUUACACAGGUUAUUAAUUAUAGCUUACCAAUAUUCGCUGGUAACGAUUUAUGCACAAGACAAUUAAAAUGAAAGAAGUAGGUCAGAUCGUAACGAUAAGGCCGUAAGCGAGAGUGAGUGCUGCUCUCAUAGAAUUGUAAUAGGCCAUACAGACAUGUUUGUUUAAUUUGUAACCCAUUCAAGACUUUUUGUUUUGAUUUUAGGCGCCGGCCAAAUUAGGCGACUAGUUGUAAUCCACCUGCCCAGAUAUUGUGUAGUUAUCUUUAGGCCUGUUUACUAGUAGCAUCAUUUUAACGACACACUGUUAUCCACUUGUAUAUUUCUUUUUGGUUCUUAUUGAGUGAAUGGCUCUGUGCGGUACAACGGCUACCAAUGCCGCUAAAAUGAUGGCUGCAUAUAACGGCGGCGCAUCAGCAGUUGGUGCCCAUCAUCCACACCAUCAUCACCAAUUACCGCAUCUCCCACCGCCCCACCUCCACCACCAUCACCACCCGGGCCAGCAUCACUUGCAGCACCCUGGCUCCGCUGCCGCUGUCCACCCAGUCCAACAACACGCUUCCACAGCCGCCGCUGCAGCGGCGGCCGCUGCUGCGGCGGUAAUGCUGAACCCGAGCCAGCAGCAGCCAUACUUCCCCUCGCCAGCCCCUGGCCAAGCCCCCGGUCCAGCAGCAGCUGCGGCACCUGCCCAAGUUCAAGCAGCAGCUGUCAAAGCUCACCACCACCAUCACCAACACCCUCACCACUUACCACAGCAAUUGGAUAUUGAGCCGGAUAGACCCAUUGGAUAUGGAGCUUUCGGGGUGGUCUGGUCAGUCACCGACCCCAGGGAUGGAAAGCGAGUCGCCCUCAAAAAGAUGCCCAACGUCUUCCAGAACCUUGUCUCAUGCAAGAGGGUCUUCCGCGAGCUGAAGAUGCUCUGUUUUUUUAAACAUGAUAACGUACUCUCUGCUCUGGACAUCCUUCAGCCUCCCCACAUCGACUACUUUGAGGAGAUCUACGUGGUGACAGAGCUGAUGCAGAGCGACCUUCACAAGAUCAUCGUGUCUCCCCAGCCCCUUAGCUCCGACCACGUCAAAGUCUUUCUAUACCAGAUCCUCAGAGGACUGAAGUACCUGCAUUCAGCUGGGAUUCUACAUCGAGAUAUCAAACCUGGCAACCUCCUGGUCAACAGCAACUGUGUACUUAAGAUCUGUGACUUUGGCCUAGCACGAGUGGAGGAGUUGGACGAAUCACGUCACAUGACCCAGGAAGUGGUGACGCAGUACUACCGUGCCCCAGAGAUCCUCAUGGGAAGCCGCCACUACUCCAACGCCAUCGACAUCUGGUCCGUGGGCUGCAUCUUCGCUGAGCUUCUGGGCCGUCGCAUCCUCUUCCAAGCCCAGAGUCCCAUCCAGCAGCUGGAUCUGAUCACCGACCUGUUAGGGACCCCUUCCCUUGAGGCCAUGAGGACAGCAUGUGAGGGGGCCAGAGCCCACGUCCUGAGAGGACCCCACAAACAACCAUCUCUUCCUGUACUCUACACCCUCUCCAGCCAGGCCACCCAUGAAGCGGUCCAUCUUCUCUGCAGGAUGCUGGUCUUCGAUCCGUCGAAGCGGAUCUCGGCGAAGGAUGCCCUUGCGCACCCUUACCUGGACGAGGGCCGGCUACGCUACCACACGUGCAUGUGCAAGUGCUGCUACACCACCUCCUCUGGCCGCGUCUAUACAAGUGACUUUGAACCUGUCACCAACCCCAAGUUUGACGACGGCUUCGAAAAGAACCUGACAUCCGUACGACAGGUCAAAGAGAUCAUUCACCAGUUCAUCCUGGAGCAGCAGAAAGGAAAUCGAGUACCACUCUGCAUCAACCCGCAAUCAGCAGCUUUCAAAAGCUUUAUCAGUUCCACGGUGGCACAGCCCUCAGAGAUGCCCCCAUCCCCCUUGGUGUGGGAAUAGCUGCUAUCAUGGCCACUCUUGCCCAACCCCCCCCCCCCCCCUCCCUCCUGCACACACUGGACUAGUGGGAACAAAAAAUGUCCCCACCAAACUUGUGUAGCAUUUCACUGGAGUCUAGGACUGGUAAAGUCCACUGUGUGUGUACUGUAAUACUAACUAAUGAAAUUUCAGAGAAGAAUCAACCACUGCUAGCUGGGUUGGAAGGGGGUCGCAAGAAGGCAUGUGUGUAUGCAAGUUUGCUUGAUCGCACUGAUGUUUAGAUGCAAAGUGUGAGAAGGACGCACGCACACAAACGUACAUGCAGCUCAACGGGCUGGUGUAGGGCUCCAUUCGUGGAUUUUGUGUUGCAGGCUACAAAGAGACCACGUGAUCUGCCUCCCACCCCAGAAUGCAACACACGGCUCAUGUACAUUUCCAUACAUUCAUAGUUCAUCACUUAUUUAUGAAGGGAAAGAGAGGGUAUCAUGACCCUGUCCUACCCAGAGACCCCCCACACACACACACACACACACCAACCAUAGCUUUUAAUUGACAUAAUCUUUUAAUUUAUUUGUGUUGUACUGUUGGAAUAGUUUAGACAGUGGUGAUUUUGUUUACUUUGUUCAAUUAUUAUUCCUGCUGAUUAUUUUUGCUGUUCUGUGCUCUUUUGUUAGUUGGGUCGGGAGGGGGGGAGUGGUGAUGGACGGAAGUAGCAGAGAGACUUGAGAGACUUGUCAGGGAGGAUGUGGUUGUGGUUUGAAGCACCGAGACGGGAUGCAGACCAGAGCAAGCAGGAUGGGUAGCUGCUUGACAGCUUGCAACGCUUGUUUUAGGUGUGAAAACUCUUGAGAGACCGAUUGCAAUGGUCUUGUAGUCUACGGGACAGUCAUUCUCUGCAAAUCCUCUGUCCCAUGUUCUCAUGAUAUUUAUCUAUAGUCCCAUAUUGCCAUCCACAUUGUGACAAAGUCUACCCAAAUAUGGACAGAUGGGAACACGGUAUAUGCAGACUAGCCAAACUACUUUUUAGACGUUUGUAGCAGGAACGAGAUAUUUCCAAAAAAGAGAUUUGAUGAUAUAAAAGGGUCAUUCCUUGUUGAGGAUGUUAAUUUAUUCCUGUGUGAAUCCAACAAGAGGUGAACAGUACAUGAAAGAUUUCACGCAAAUAUAAGUAUGUUUAACUAGAGUAGUGACUUGCAUAAGAUAAUGCUCUGCCGUGUAAAAGACUGGAGUGAGACACAUGAGGUGUAGAAGAUUCACAUUGCCAAUCAUAUUUUAGAUGGCAACACAGUGGAAUGAAGACUGGUCGUCUUCUCGUUCACUGUUUUUCAUCCCACUCACAUGAACACCAUGUCGGCAUACACAAAAAAAACUCUGAAGAAUACUAUUUAAUAUAUUUUUGAUUAUUAUUUUCUAUUUCAUUUUCCUUGACAUUCUAUGGCAUGUUUCUCACGAGCCACAGAAUAUCACAUGUAAAUACAUGAAUAUAUAAAAAUAAAAAAAGAUUUAAACAAAUUUACAAAACACAAAGAAAUGAAAACUCAGUACUGCUGUAUAGGAGUAUAGCCUGCACAUUUUUAGGGCUGUGAAUUUUAUUUUAUUUUUAAGACUUGCAUAUAAAUGUAUAUAUUUUCUUUUGUCUUUUUUUAAUUCCCGCCUCCCUGCACUUCAUGUGUAGAAAUCCCAAUGAUUCAAAAAAAAAAUGAUUCCCAAAACAAACGAAAAAACACAACCAAUUAUGUUAAUUGUGUCUUGUGUGUACUGCAGAGCUGUUGAUAUAUCAAAGUAAAAGCCCUUUUCUUUAUUAUGGUCACUUAGAGAAACACUGCUUUGUGUAUAUGUGUAUAUAACUGAUUCACAAUAUUGGCCUCUACCUCGAGUUCAAUGACCUGGUUUGUUUACCUCCACAAGUUUAUCAUUUUAAUGUGGAGAUUAGAAAAACUUGAAUGUCCCUUCAACCUUUUGUAUUGAAAUGAAAAAGCACUUGUUUUCCCCCCAUACAUUUCAAAUACAAAUCAUUCUAUAAAUUCAUAUCAGAUCCUUGUACUUAUAGACCCUAUCAAUAGCCAAGGGUUUCCAGACUGUUAGUUAACUUUGAGUCACAUAUUUGAUAGGUUAUGACCCACUGCCUGUGUAAUAUAUUUGUGUGGAGAUGGUAGUUUCCUAUUCCUCAAGACAUUUUUGUGUUGGAAUGAAGUACAAACGCACUGUUGCUUAUCUUGGAUUUGUCCUUAAUCAAAACUUUAGACAAAUCCUUUGAGCUUUGAGAGAGACCAAUCUGACCUUAUAUUUGACAGAACUUGCAUAGGUACUACUUAUGUAGUCACGUUUUUAUAAGAUAUUUGACAUUUAUACAAAGUAUUAAACUGAAGUCAUUUGAAUACAAAACACGAUAUAGAAACAUCGUCCUGCUCAGAGGACUUUGAAAGCCAAGGUAAUGUAAGGGAUGUGAUUGACUCCUCAAAUGUGGUCAAAUGUGUGUUGGGGGAAAAAAGUGUAGAUUUGAAGUACAGUGGUUAAAAUCAUUAAAUGUGACAUUUAAAGAAA